AUGUCACAAGAACCCAGAAUCUUUGAUGUAUACGGUCCUGGUACUCAUAGUGACCGCACAUUUGUCCCCGUUCCCCAAGACACGCAACGCAUCUUCCGGCUCAUCGCCUCUCAAACACCCGGCUUCACCCAAGAUGAAUCCACCCUUUCAAAAGUCAGAUUCACUGGCGACGAGUUCCCAGUCAUCUCCGGUCCUAUCAAGGCAGUCUCGGUAGCUGCCGCUCUCCACGCCAUGGCUGGUGUAGUAGCUGAUGAGAUCCUUACUCUUCGACGUCUCGAGGACAAAGAGCGAAGAGUGACUGUCAAUAUUACCCAUGCCGGCCUUUGGUUUGGCAACGUCGCUACUGCAUAUGUUGAUGGUAAACAUGUCCUCACUUUGGCUAAGUCUGGAGAGCUGAAGAAGCUUUUACCAGAUUGGGAACGAGGAUGGGUAGAUACACCUCUCAAAUAUCGCACCACGGGGCUUUAUCCUACCUCUGAUCCUGGCGUUUGGUAUUCACUCCACGGCUCCAUGGACGCAGAGCCAGUCCUCAAGUCUAUCGGCGUUGACCCAUCUGAGGCCAUCACCUCCAACGAAGAAGCAGCCGCGCACAUUGCAAAGUUUACAAGCAAGCUCUCGCCGGAGAAGCUUGAGUUCAAGAACCUUUUCAACGGCAAUUGCGGCAGUAUCUGCUUCACACCCAAACAAUGGAACGAAAGCGAGAUGGGCAAAUCACUCGCUUCUCAUCCUCUUAUAAACGUCAAGGCUCAACCUCAAGCUAUCCCUACACCUCCUGUUGCAUUCCCUCCUGUUGAUCCAACCGAUAAGCGCCCAUUGACUGAUAUUAAAGUCGUUGAGAUGACUCGCGUUAUCGCUGGUCCUCAAAUCGGCACGAUACUUUCCAGCUUCGGCGCCAACGUUAUCCGGGUCAAUCCUCCUCACUUGCCCGAUAUCAACAUUCUGCAACUCACUCUCAAUGCUGGAAAACGCACUAUCGCUAUUGAUCUGCGGAAGGCUGAGGAUGCCGCUAUCAUCAAGUCUCUUAUCGCCGAUGCAGAUGUAUUCAUCCAAGGAUUCCGUAUGAACAAGAUGCCUAAAUUUGGCCUUGGAUUAAAUGACAUUCUCAAGAUGGCUGGAGAGCGGGGUCGUGGUAUUGUUCACGUCUCGGAGAACUGCUACGGCCCUGAUGGCUAUUAUGCGGAGCGGCCCGGUUGGCAACAGAUCGCUGAUGCGGCUGCUGGAUCCGCAUAUGUGACUGGCCGCUCUCUCAACCUCCCCGACAACGAAGCUGUUCUACCUUCACUACCUAUCAGCGACAUGACCACCGGCGCUCUCGGUGCAGUAGGUACUCUUCUCGCCCUUCGCGAUCGCGCCACCAAGGGCGGAAGCUACGCUGUACACGCAUCUCUCGUCGCCGUCAACGCGUUCGCCCUUCGAUCCGACGUCGGCCUCUACUCACCCGAAACAGUCGCCGAGUGUGCGAAGCGCUUCCAAUGGGCAGAGAUGAGAGGAUCACAUCAUGUUCUUGAUCUUCUAAUGACGGUUUGGGAUGGCUGGAAGAGAGUCCUUGGUAAAGAGUUGUCGGAAGAUGGGGGACUGUAUCAGAGCUUUGAGACGAGCGCUUUCGAUGGAAAGAAACUGAGCAUCCUAAAGCCGGUCGUCAGUUUGAGCGAUGACGAGGUGACGCCGCGAUGGAAGACGCCCAGUGUUCCUUAUGCUUAUGAGAAGGCUGAGGGCAUCAAGUUCCAGUAA